GCUUAUGCAAUUUGCGUAACUUGUGCAAUGAAGCUUGCGUAACUUACAUAUAAGCUCCACUGACCCCCGCUUAAGACUGACUUAUUACCACAUUAUUUUUACUAUAUUUUUAUGAACCACUACUGACUAGUUAUUCGGCCUCUAAACUUAUGCAGUUUACAUAACUUAUGCAAAAACUUACUUAACUUUCAUAUCAAGCAAUGGCAGCGCAGAUCAGGGGCAGGAAGGAGGUUAAACUUACUCACUGACUGUUAAUUAGCACAUUAAUUAAUUAAACUCUUUCUAUGAACUGCUUAUUAAAGGGGACAUCAGCUGUAAAUAAAACUUUUCUCCUGGGCCCGCAGAUGCAUUCAUAUGCAAAAUAAUCCUCCAACAAAAAUUACAACUGAUCCUUGGAAAUCUGGCUGUGUGUUCUUAGUUUCUGCAGUUUCCUGAGUUGUAAAGUUUUCCCAGCACUGAAUAAAUAUGUCCUUUAUCCCCAUGUCUGAAUAGUUUCAUAUAAAGAAGUUAGGGCCUGCACUUGCAUCCCAGGGUAAACAAAAUAACCCAUUGUAUAUUUUAAAAAAGCGGAUCUUAGCGUAACUUUGGUGGAAAUAUAUAUUUACAGUAGUGUGUGAACCCUAGGUAACAGCAAACCGGAGCUUCUGCUGAUGGGAGAACGGAAUGCUCUGUGAAUGUAGGGGUGGUGUCUCCAUUCAGUAUGGGAUUGUAAAUCAGUUAUCAGAUGCAGUUCAAUAGUCUGUUUAUUAAAAGAGGAAUCGGUACAGAUAUGGAACACUUUCUUAGUUGGUAAAUGCCACAGUAGUUACAUAAGUUAAUAAAGUCCCCUGUGGAAUGACUAUGGUUCAUAUAACCUGCAAUUUACUCUCCUUUCAGUCCACAGCCCCCUCACACCAGAAAGCACACUUUCUCCAGUUACUACUUCCUCUUCCUAAUUCUUUUUCUCCUGGGAGGAGUUCUUCCUUCCAGCCCUGAAUGGGAGCAGCACACUGAUGACCUCACUGAGCCAGACAGUAACCAGCAGCCAUCUUAAGGAAGGCAGAUUAACUCCUUCUGGUCAUAAUGGCAAGUAAACCACAGAAAUCUGAUGAAAAUAAAAGUUUUAAACGCAAGAAGGAGCCAGAGGCCGAAGAUUCAACACAUGCACCAUGUUCCUCCCCAUCUGACAACUUUCAAGCUGGAGAUGUAGAAAUGUUAAUAAAAGGUCUGAACAAUGAAAUAAAUCUUCUUUUUGAUAAGUAUGCAAAGAUUCUGAAUGAAAGAUCUGAAGUUGAUGCAGCUUAUGUUCUUGAGUUUGAUGGAAUCCUAAAAGAAGCUAGAUCAGUAGAAAUUCAUUUAAAACAGAAGCGAGAAAGCCUCAGGAAUCGCCUUACAAAGAUUGCAAAUACACUGCAAAGAUAAAAAUUACAUUUUAGUUGUCCUACAAAGUUUAUAGUCAUAUUCUGUACCUUAAUAUAAAUCUUAAUGAUAUUAAGUAUAGAUUUUGUGAUGUUAAUACAGUGCAAUGUUAUCGUAAACAUGAACAUUUUGUGAAACGUUGUACUAUUGUUUAUAAGCUUAGGUUUGUUCCUGUAAUUAAAUAUUAACACAGAUCUUGCAAGUUUAAUAAAUUGCUUCUUCAUAUAUUGGGAA